AUGACUCAUCCGCUUCCCCAUGACUCACACGCCUCGGGUGCUCCUCCUCUGGUCAACAAGUCUGGAGACUUGGCAAAUGGACCCCCAUUUUUCUCACCUCUCCAAAGCCUCUGGGAAGAAUUCCUGCACCUCCUCUUUAUGGGGACUCUACUAUUCUACAGAAGAGCCACCAAGGCCUUGAGAGGGAAAGCCACUCUCCUAAAGUCACACAGCAAGCAGGCAGCACAGCCAGGGUGGGAGCCAGGCAUCCGGGCACUGAGCCCAGUCCCUGCCUCCUCCGCACAAGAUCACUCUCGCCUAACCUCCCUCUCAAGGGCAGGAAAGGAGCAGAGACGCACUCUGAGCCUUAUUGGGAAGACCUCAGGGACUCCCACUGAAUCCACUGCGGCUACAGUGGCUGCUUCCACCACUGAAGUCCCCUCCAGGCUUCCCUGGGCAGCCAGGGCGGGGUUUAACAGGAGGACAGGUGUCUGCAUUGCUCUACCUACCUAACAGGGCUGUGCAGGGUGAAGAGCGCUGCUCUGUGGGAAGGCACCCGGACCAAGGCCGAAGCACUGGACAAAGAGCUAUGAGCACCACCUGUAAAAAAAGGGCACAAGAAUGUCAGCCUCAGGGGG